AUGGUUGAAAGCGCCUCGGCUCAUCAGAGCUCUCAGGACGGUGCUUUUCGUCAGUCCAGUGACGUUCCGAGUCCGACCAACCUGCUGAGAGUGCUGGAGGGGGCUGCCAGCGAGACCUUCCGUACCACUGACAUCCUGCAGUCCCUCGUCAGCUUUCUCUGUGUGUCUCGGAGUGUGGUUAUGUGGGGCCAGGACAUCCUUUCUCUGCAAAUCUCCCCACUUGCAUCGAUGUCAACUCCAGUAUCUGCUGAAAGCGCCUCGGAUCAUCAGAGCUCCCAGCACCGGGCUUUUAAUCAGCCCAGUGAGGCUCCGAGUCCGACCGACGUGCUGAGAGUGCCGGAGGGGGCUGCCAGCGAGACCAUCCGUACCACCGGCAAGCCGCAAUCCCCCGUCAGCUGCAGACAGAGGGGUCAUCCACCAGUCACAGCAGUUGGGUCCAACACGAAGAGUGGACUGUGGGAGGAAGGAAAGACAACAGACAGCCAAUGUCACUAUCAUUCAAAGGCUCUGAAACCUAAUGCAGUCAACAGAGUCCGAGUGUCUGCUGACUGUGGAGAAGCAGGUUCCAGUGCACCAACUGAAGCAGCUUCAACAAAGACAGAAAAUGAAGCAACCAGAAUAGCCCAGAAACGUCACAGAGAAACCAAAUUAAUAUCCAAAGGACACCCUUCCAUUUACAAGCUGAACCUGCGGAAGGAGGUGCUUGAUCAGUCCGGACACCUUGCGAAAUGUUCCUUUGGAAAACGCAACAUAAAAUGCACAAUUAAGACAAUUAUGGUUCUGGGAGCAACAGGGUCGGGGAAAACGACCCUCAUCAAUGGGAUGAUCAACUACAUCUUGGGCGUGGAAUGGACGGACGACUUCAGAUACACGUUAAUACACGAAGAGACAGGAAAAUCCCAGGCUGAAAGUCAGACAUCCUCCAUCACUGCCUACCAACUCCACCAUCAGAAAGGAUUUAAAAUCGAUUACUCUCUGACUAUCAUUGAUACGCCUGGAUUCGGAGACACCAGGGGGAUAAGCCGAGAUCAACAGAUCACUGACCACAUCCGUGAGUUUUUCACCUCCCCACAGGGUGUUGAUCAGAUCGAUGCCGUGUGUUUUGUUGUUCAAGCCUCUUUGGCUCGCCUGACUCACACACAGAAAUAUAUCUUCGAUUCAAUUCUUUCUAUUUUUGGCAAAGAUAUUGCGGAGAGCAUUCAUAUACUGGUGACAUUCGCAGAUGGACAGUGUCCUCCCGUUCUAGAGGCUUUGCAAGUAGCUGAAGUACCGUGUCCCAAAGAUAAAAACGGUAGGCCAGUACACUUCAAGUUUAACAAUUCUGCCAUAUUUGCUCAGCAAGAGGAUGAUGAUAACUUUGAUGCGAUAUUCUGGAAGAUGGGAGCAAACAGUAUGAAGAAAUUCUUUCAGGCUCUGACUACAAUGAAAGCAAAAAGUUUACGUUUGACCAAAGAGGUUCUGAAGGAACGUCAGCAGCUGGAGGCUGCAGUGGAGGGUUUGCAAAAAAAGAUCAAAGUCAAGCUGACCAAAAUGGAGGAACUUAGGAAAACGCAGCAGGUUAUCAACCAACACCAGACCGAACUGGAUGCAAAUAAAGACUUUGAGUAUGAGGUUGAAAUUACAGUUGCAGAACAGGAGGAUAUCAGUGGGACUGGAAAUUACAUAACCAACUGUCAGAAAUGUCAAUUCACCUGCCACUAUCCCUGUAAAAUUCCUAAUGAUGAUGAAAAAAGAGGAUGUGCAGCAAUGGACAGGGAUGGGAACUGUGAAGUCUGUCCCCAAAACUGUGUCUGGAGUGUUCACUUCAACCAGAAGUACAGGUUUGAGUAUAAAACAAAGAAGGAGAAGAGAACAUACAACGAGCUGAAAGAAAAGUAUGAGAAGGCCAAUGGUAAGAAGAUGACAACACAGAAAGUCAUGGAGGCACUUGAGAUUGAGUUAGCUGAGGUUCGGAAUGCAGUGCUGGAGCUGAUACAACAAUUAUCACAGAGCAUUAGAAGACUUGAGGAAAUAGCUCUGAGACCAAACCCGUUAUCCACCCCAGCUUACAUUGACCUCCUGAUUCAGUCUGAGAAAGAUGAGGCAAAGCCUGGGUUCAUGGAGCGAAUUCAGGCACUGCAGGAGGUCAAGGAACGGGCAGAGUUAAUACAGAAAGUUGCCAAUGGAGAGAUGUCAGCAGAGGAUGUGAAGCAAAAUAGAAAGGGAUCUCAUGGACUGUAA